AACUGAUUUACGAAUUUAUAUUAUAUAUUUGACAGAAAGAAGAGAGAGAGAGAGAGAGAGAGAGAGAGAGAAAUAUGGAAAGAGAGAUGCUAAAAACGAAAUGGAUAGCAACAGUUGCAAGCAUAUGGAUCCAGUGUAGCUGCGGUGCAUCGUACACCUUCGGCAUCUACUCUUCCAUUCUCAAAUCUUCACAAAACUAUGACCAAUCAACUCUUGAUACCGUCUCUGUUUUUAAAGAUAUCGGCGCUAACGCCGGUGUCAUCUCCGGCCUCCUCUAUUCCGCCGUCACUCUCCAACGUAACCGCCGCUGGCUCGGGAUAUUUGGCUCUCCAUGGGUGGUUCACGCGGCCGGAGCAAUCCAGUGUUUCUUCGGGUACUUCUUGAUGUGGGCUUGUGUUGUUGGGUUGAUUCCACGGCCACCGGUGGCGGUUAUGUGUUUAUUUAUGUGGGUGGCGGCUCAUGCGCAGACCUUUUUUAAUACGGCGAAUGUUGUUAGCGGUGUUCACAAUUUUGCUGAUUAUGGUGGGACCAUUGUUGGUAUCAUGAAGGGCUUUCUUGGCUUGAGUGGAGCAAUACUUAUCCAAUUCUAUAAUACAGUGUGCAAGGGUGAUCCAAGCACUUUUAUUCUACUACUCGCAGUCACACCAACAUUGAUCUCUUUGUUGCUUAUGACUUUGGUAAGAAACUAUGAUACGAGCUCAAAAGAUGACAAGAAGCACUUGAAUGCAUUCUCUGCAGUUGCUCUGACCAUUGCCGCUUAUCUCACAAUCAAUAUUAUAUUCGAAAACAUCUUUAUUUUGCCAUUAUGGAUACGCCUUGUUACAUUUCUAGUCUUGCUGCUGCUUGUUGGCUCACCUCUGGCAAUUGCUACGAGAGCUCUUAGGGAGAGUUCUGAUAGAUAUGCACAAGCAUUGUUGGAAGAGAGGGGUUACAAACCAAACACAAUGAUGUCUUCAGAGCUUCCUACAGAAGAGGACCCUAAUGAUUAUCGAGCACUUCUUAGCAAUGAGGAUCUAGAAGCAAAGGCUACUUCUGAUCACAGAAGUUCAUCAGAUGAAGAAGACCUGAAUCUCUUGCAAGCAGUUUCUACUGGAAACUUCUGGUUAUUAUUUAUUGCUAUGUUCUGCGGAUUAGGCUCCGGGCUGGCAACAAUAAAUAACAUUAGUCAAGUAGGACAAUCACUUGGUUACACAGCGAUUUCGAGAAAUUCUUUGGUUUCCUUGUUGAGUAUAUGGAAUUUUCUUGGCCGUUUUGGAGCUGGAUUUAUAUCAGAUAUUUUCUUGCACAGAGGAGGCUGGGCAAGGCCAUUGUUCGUGGCUAUUACUUUAGCAACCUUAGCCAUUGGACAUAUAGUUAUUGCCUCUGGUUUUCCUUAUAAUUUGUACCUGGGUUCAGUCCUUGUAGGCAUUUCAUAUGGUUCACAAUGGUCACUGAUGCCUACCAUCACUUCUGAGAUAUUUGGUGUUGGUCAUAUGGGUACUAUAUUCAACACCAUAGCCAUAGCAAGUCCUCUCGGAUCAUAUAUUUUCUCUGUAAGAGUCAUCGGUUACAUUUACGAUAAGGCAGCAUCUGGUGAAGAUAACUUAUGCUAUGGAACUCGCUGUUUCAUGCUCUCUUUUCUAAUCAUGGCAUCUGUUGCUUUCUUUGGGGUUCUCGUUGCUCUUGUUUUGUUCUUUAGGACAAGAAGGUUCUACCAGGCGGUUGUGCUUAGACGAGUACAUCAUUCUUGAAGACCAUGACAGGUAAAUGCGGAAUAUUGUAUAAAAACUGAUAGUGCUCGGUUUUCUGAGUGUUUGAUAAGUUUGUAGAAAUGGUUGUUUUCUAUUCAUAUAGGAUCUUAAUUUUUGUCCAUUCAUAUCAAGAAAAUAUAUACAGUUUUUGAGUGUUUA